CACUGUUAAACUGACUAUUAAUGUGUCAGCAUGGGGUCCAGCACACUGCUUCUCAAACUCUUGCUUAUGUCCCUCAUCUUCUCUGGACUCAGUCAAGGUGAAACAGACGAUUCUGGAAUCACUGAAGUAAAAGCUAUAGUGAAGGUGUCUCCAGAUGAGCGUGUGUUGAGAGGAGAGACAGUCACUCUCACAUGUGACAUACAGAGAGGAGGACACAUUCAGUGGAUAUACAGCUGGUUUAAAGAUGGUUCUGUCAUCCCAAACAUCACUGAGAGAGUCUUCACCAUCACAUCUCUGUCUGAUAGAGCUGAAUACAGCUGUGAAGCAAAGAUCAAGAGUGCUGCUGUUACACUGACUGUAUCAGGAGGAAACCAGUCAUAA